AAGGUCCAGUAAGGGAAAUGGAACUGGGGACUGCCUGGCUCUUGCAGUUGCUGCUUCUGCUGCCGUCCACGACAAAUGGUGAAAAAGAUCUUUGGAUAAGUUCAGGCUGUGGUCAGCCAAUCCUGAAGAAUCAGGUGAAUGAACGCAUCGUUGGAGGCAGAAAUGCCGGUGAAGGGGCCUGGCCAUGGCAGGCCAGUCUAAGGCAUAACAGGGCCCACAUCUGCGGAGCCACUCUGAUUUCCCAUAGCUGGGUUCUGACAGCUGCCCAUUGCUUUUCCUUGCCUGUCAAGGUGUCCCAGUUCCAGGUAGUCCUCGGGGAACUCCAGCUCUUUUCCACCCCAGGCCAGUCCAUCUCAAGCCCACUGAGCAAGGUGAUCCUGCACCCAGACUACUCGGGGGUAGAUGGCUCGUUGGGGGAUAUCGCCCUCUUGAAGCUGGCCCGGCCUCUCUACUUCUCCCCCUGGAUUCUGCCUGCCUGUCUCCCUGAGGCCGACAACCCCUUUCACACUAAUCUGACCUGCUUUGUGACAGGAUGGGGGAACGUGAAGGAGGGAGUCCAGCUGUCCUCACCAUACACUCUGCAGGAAGCAAAGCUGCCACUGAUUGAUGCCAAGGAGUGUGACAAGAUCCUGAAUUGGCACAAGGUCACCGAUAAAAUGAUCUGUGCUGGCUACAUCAAAGGGGGUGUAGAUGCCUGUCAGGGUGAUUCUGGGGGUCCUUUGGUAUGUCCCUAUCUGGGUUCCUGGUUCCUGGUGGGAAUUGUAAGCUGGGGCAUUGGCUGUGCCCAGCCCAAAAAACCAGGUGUCUACACUCUUGUCUCUGCCUAUGGGGACUGGAUCCAAAGUCACGCAUCGGAAGUGCAGCUGGGCUCCUAUAACAUCACAAUCCGAAGUGCUGCUGACAGACAGACUCGCGGUCCUCAUCUCAUCAGCCUCCUCCUAGUCCUGUGGAGCUUUGUCAAUCACUGCUGAAUCCCUUCUCUACAGGC